CUCGAGACUGAGAAAGUCGGCAAGCCACACCCUGCGCUCACACCGGAGCGUGUGCCUAUCCAGCCCUGGACACUCCCGAGAAUUUCUCAGCUCCAUGAUCUCAACACCACUCAGCCUGCAUCUCGAGCCACGAAUCGAUUCCACCCCCAGCGUCGCCCUCGCCGUCGUCCCUCCUCUUACAACCGGUGCCGCCGUCAUUGCCCUGGCAAACGCCAUCUUGUCGACACCAUGUCAUCAAGAUGUCCCUGCGCGCGAUUGACGCGGCUCCCGACCGUCAUCGCCGCUAGACCAUCCUACAUCAACCUCACACGACCCUUCUCUACCAAGACGGCGAAACUCAGCGUGCCCCCCGAAUCCCCCGCCUGGAUCCAGGUCCCGACGCCGCCUCAGUCGCAGUCCUCCGAAGAGAAGCCCCCCGUCGUCAAGGGCACCCUCCCCACGCCCCGCGACAUUUUCCCGCGUAAGGAGGCCGACCGCAAGGUCCAGCCCGGGUACCUCGAAGAGACGGCGCCCCUUCCCACGGGCAAAGCCUCCGCGAAGAUCGCCCCGCCCGGCUCGCGCCUCGAGCACCGCCGCCGCAUGGCUGACACCCGUCGCGAGAAUCUUGGCAUGGCCCUGCAGGGUCUCUACAAGCGCAAGCAGGAGCGUGUCGAGGCAGAGACCACCGUCAGGGAGCGCCGUCUUCGCGACCACCAGCAAGCCGCCAUGGCUCCCGAGCGCCAGGACGACCUCUUUACCCGCAGCUCUGUAGUCUCCUCCCUGGCCAAGACGACUGCUGUGGAGCUCGACCCCCGACGCUACGCUCGCGCGAACAAGAGCAAGGCCCGGACGGCCAAGCUGGCCAAGCAAAAGAGCGAGGCAAGGCAGGAUGCGCUGAUGGAGCUGUACAUCAACGCCUCCAAGUUCAUCGUCUCCGAAGACGAGCUGAGCAAGGAGCUCGACAAGCUCUUCUCCGAGGACUUCUGGAAGCGACAGGGCAAGUCUAUGGCCCACGACGCCGACAACGCCUGGGAUGUCUGGGGACAGCCUCCGACGGUGCGAACCAUGCUGGACGAGAUGAUGAGGAAGCAGCAGCGCGCUAUUGACUUCCAGCAGAGCGAGCAGGAUAAGACUGUCAAGAGGCAGAAGACCAUCGCCGAAGAGUUGACGGGCGGCAAGAUGGAGUAAAGGGGUGUGCCUUGCUACACGAAAUGGCACUGCCGGUUAGCCAGGGGUCAGCUGGUCCGGCGUACUGUAUCAAAACCAAAAAGUGUAUUGGCCCUGCAAAACCUCACGUUUGGAAGUUGUGGCGGCUUGGGUCAGACAGCACAUUGUCACGUCUUUGCGUACCGCCAUACCAAAAGUUUGAGUGCUUCUAGUCACCUGGAGCUCGCGAGUCAACUUGUACUACCAUCAAUUCUUUGUAGCAUUAUAAAGCCGCCAAUGUCAGAAUAUUAUAACAUGGCAU